AUUUUUUUCGACACGAAAAUACACAUAAAAUCAUCAAUUUGAUACCAUAAUGAGCAACAAACUGGGCUAUGAUGUGACCGAUCCCACUGUCCAAUUGCUCCGGGCAUCGGCGUUCAUGCAAAAUGGGCCAGUGAAGCAGGUUCGCAGCCUGGAGGAUCUGGACCGCUGGGUUCGCUCGCAGGCAUAUUACGAUAUCAUUGCGUACAUCAGCAACACCAGCAAGGCCAUCCAGGGUCAUCGUUUGACGCAGACCUUUCCGGUCACGGAGCAGAUGCGUCGAUUGAGCGAGAUAUUCGAUGGACUGGAUCACCUGAUUGUCGAGCAUACACCGAAAAUUGAGGACUCGUAUCUGGCGUUACCGUUCGGCCAGGUUAGAAGCAAGGCCUAUCGCACUUGGAUGCGAGAGAUGUACCAGCAUGUGUUUAGCAAACUGGACGAGGCCAUCAAUGUGAACUGCAAGCACAUCAACGAACUGGGACAAUACCUUCGACGAUCGUUUGGUAAUGGGAACACCCUGGAUUUUGGUCCAGCCAACGAGUUGAUGUUCCUUUUCUUUCUCUGCGGCCUAUUUCGCGCCGGUAUCCUGUUGGCCAAGGAUACGGUGGCCGCUGCACUGAUGCUCUUCAAUCGCUAUGUGAAUGUGGUUAGGCGCCUGAUAAGCACCUAUGGACUGACCAUUGCCAAGGAUCCGGCGUGCACCAUCGAAGACUACUACUUUUUGCCGUAUCUAUGGGGUGCGGCCCAGUUAUCGGUGGAUUCUCCCUUCUCGCCGAUGCAGUGUGAGCAGGGGAAGAUAAUGGAUAAUUAUAGGCAGGACUUCAUGAUGCUGGAAAUCAUUGACCACCUGCAGAAGACCCGCAGCGGUCCAUUGAGUCGCGUGGCCCUGCAGCUGUGGAGCAUCCUAUCGAUACCCACGUGGCCGCAGGUCUACAGGGGAUUGGAGCGCAACUACAUCGACCAUGUGCUCUCCUCGUUCGGAACCGUGGAGCAAGCCAUCUUCUGCGAACUGAUGUCCUUUGAGGCGGUUGUACCGAUCAUGCCUCUGCAACGGGCACACUUGGGCACCCACUUAAUAGUGGAUGAGAAGGAGAACGAGGAUGAGCUCGAGCAGAAAUAUGGGGAAAAUCGAUGGUCGCUAUCGCCACCGGUCAGCAGAUAUGUCAGCAUGGAACCGGAAUCCUUUCUCGGCUUCCAGGCAUCCAAGACUCAUAACAAAUCGAAGGAGAGCGAGGAUGAGCGGCUCUGGAUGAUGCGACAGCUGGUCGAUGAGAACGAUCCAAACUCCGACAUGUUUUUUCCGGAUCGCGAAGUUAAAGGACGUGAUUCGCUCACUUCGUUCGCCAACUAAGGUCACUAAAAUGUCAAUCCAAUUAAUAUAUGUGAAUUUCUGAGG